GGACAGACUUGGUGUGGGGGUGGGUCUGGACUGCCCAGAGGGGGGCACUCCCGGCUUUUUUCGCAUAUUACGUAAGGCCGUCGGGGUGGAAGCCGCAGCGCGGAGCGCGCAUCCGUGGCUGGGGAAAGGGGCGUGGGGACGCCGGCGCGGCGGGGAUCCCGGGCUGGCCGAGUGCGCCGCCGCUGCCCGAGGUGGGGCUCCGCGCGGACGAGCGCAGGGCGCUGCAGAGUCGGGUUUCAGAGCGCGGUGACUCAGGAAGCCGGCAACUGUGAGCCAAGACCCCGUCGCAGCCCAGCACCGCCUUUGUUCCCCGCGGGCAGCGCGAGCGCGGCGGCAGCGCUCAGCGGUCUUCGCCCUCUGCGGAGCCUUCCGCUGUGUUCCGUCCGCCGCGCGCCUUCGAGCGCUCCGCAGACCCGCGCCAUGGCGCCAAGCAACUGGCGCCUGCGGUUGCUGCUGUCCACCUCCGCGCUCCUGUCCGCUGUCUCCGGGACGCGCGCCUCGACAGACUCAGCCUCCCAAGGCCAUCUGGACCUCACACAGCUCAUCGGCGUCCCACUGCCCUCCUCUGUGUCCUUUGUCACAGGCUACGGUGGCUUCCCAGCUUACAGCUUCGGGCCUGGCGCCAACAUUGGCCGCCCAGCUAGGACCCUCAUCCCGCCCACCUUCUUCAGGGACUUCGCCAUCAGUGUCAUGGUCAAGCCCAGCAGCACCCGAGGCGGGGUGCUUUUUGCCAUUACUGACGCCUUCCAGAAGGUCAUUUACCUAGGCCUGCGGCUCUCGGGUGUGGAGGACGGCCACCAGCGGGUCAUCCUCUACUACACAGAGCCUGGCUCUCAUGUGUCCCAUGAAGCUGCUGUUUUCUCCGUGCCUGUGAUGGCCAACAGGUGGAACCACUUUGCGGUGAUCGUCCAGGGAGAGGAGGUGACCCUCCUCAUGGACUGUGAGGAGCACAGCCAGGCCCUCUUCCAGCGGUCCUCCCGCCCUUUGGCUUUCGAUCCCAGCACAGGGAUCUUCGUGGGCAGCGCGGGCGCCACGGGACUGGACAGAUUUACCGGGGCUCUACAGCAGCUGACCAUCCACGCUGACCCCAGGACUCCAGAGGAGCUAUGUGAAGCCCAGGAGUCGUCGGCCUCAGGAGAAGCCAGUGGCCUUCAGGAGUCUGAAGCGGAGACUGUUGCUGAGAUCUUAGAGGCCGUCACCUACACUCAAGCUCCGGCUAAAGAAGCAAAAGUUGAACCCAUAAACACACCUCCAACCUCAUUUUCUCCCCUGGAGGACACGGAGCUUUCUGGUGAACCGGUACCAGAGGGGACCCCAGAAACCAACCUGAGCAUCAGCCAGCACAACAGCCCUGAGCAAGGGUCUGGCGAGAUCCUGAAUGACACGCUGGAGAGGGUUCAUACCGUGGAUGGGGAUGCCAUUGCUGACGCUGGCUCAGGAGAGAGGGCCUUCCUCGAUGCCACUGAAGAACAAGGCUCUGCAGCAACAGUAGCAGGGGAGGAUGAGGUGACCACCAGCACACCCCAGGAGGCAGAGGUCAGCAGCAUGCCCGCUGCAGCACCAACCCUGGCCGUGUCCACCUUGAACCCUCAGGAAGGGACCACUCCAGAUCUGGAGGAUGAAGAAGGUUCAGCAGCAAUGGGAACAGGGGAGGCCAAGGCACCAGUGAGCACUGCUGGGGAAGUAGAGUCAGGCAGCCUGCCCACGGUGGGACCCACCUUCACCAUGUCCACCCAGAGCCCCAGGGAAGAGACCACUCUGGGCCCAGGUGAGGAAUGGUUAACCACGGCCACAGCUACCACAGAAGUGUCCCUCAGCACUUUUGGAGAAGAGGAAGCCAGUGGGGCCUCCACAGACGACCUAACUGUCCUUACACCCACAGUGGCCCCUGCACAUGCCGGUGGGCCUUCCACAGAUGACCUGGCUGUCCUCACACCCACAGCGGCCCUGGGACAAGUGGUCACCCCGGCACCUGAUGACAUGGAAGAUUUGGAGCCCCUGGCCACAGCAGGCGGAGAGGGGAUCAGCAGUGCUCCCCCUGCUGGGCUGCCGCUUCCCGUACCCACGGUGGCUCCUGAGAGACGGGUCACUCUGGCUCACUUACUACAUGGGGAAGUGGAAGGACCUGAAGGAGAAAAGGUGGGUGCCGAGGCUGAAGGCUCUGACCCGGGCUGGGGCCUGGACAUCGGCUCUGGCUCUGGGGAUCUGGUGGACCGAGAAGAAUUGCUAAGAGGUCCCCCAGGGCCCCCAGGACCACCUGGCUUACCUGGGAUUCCAGGAAAACCAGGAACUGAUGUUCUCAUGGGGCCUCCUGGCUCUCCCGGAGAGGAUGGAGCUGCUGGCGAACCUGGACUCCCGGGACCCGAAGGAGAGCCUGGACUCGAUGGAGCCACCGGGCGUCCUGGGAUAAAAGGGGAGAAGGGAGCAAGAGGGCCUAAUGGCUCAGUUGGUGAAAAGGGUGACCCCGGUAACAGAGGCUUACCAGGACCCCCAGGAAAAAAUGGACAAGCUGGCACUCCCGGAAUCAUGGGACCUCCAGGGCCUCCUGGACCCCCAGGUCCCCCAGGCCCUGGAUGUGCAACAGGACCUGAAUUUGAGGAUACCGAGGGCUCAGGAAAUAUCAGGCUGCUGAGUGAACCCAGAAUCUCCAGGCCAACCGUUUCCACUGGUCUCAAAGGAGAAAAAGGAGACCAGGGACCCAAGGGUGAAAGGGGGUUGGACGGAGUCAGCACUGUGGGACCUCCAGGACCCAGGGGUCCCCCUGGGCGGAUUGAGAUCUUAUCUAGUUCUUUGAUCAACAUCACGCAUGGAUCCUUGAAUUUCUCCGACAUUCCUGAGCUCCUAGGGCCUCCGGGGCCUGAUGGUUUGCCUGGGCUGCCCGGAUUCCCAGGCCCUAGAGGACCGAAAGGUGACACUGGCUUGCCUGGCUUUCCAGGGCUCAAAGGAGAACAGGGUGAGAAGGGUGAGCCAGGCACCAUCCUGACAGGGGAUGUUCCUCUGGAAAGGCUGAAGGGGAGAAAGGGUGAGCCUGGACUGCAUGGAGCCCCGGGACCAAUGGGACCCAAAGGACCACCAGGACACAAAGGAGAAUUUGGCCUCCCCGGAAGACCUGGUCGCCCAGGACUGAAUGGCCUCAAGGGUGCCAAGGGAGAUCGAGGAAUCAUGAUGCCGGGUCCACCUGGCCAGCCUGGUCCUCCAGGCCCCCCUGGACCACCUGGAGCUGUGAUUAACAUCAAAGGAGCUGUGUUCCCAGUACCUGUCCGGCCACACUGCAAAAUGCCAGUCGGAACCGCACAUCCUGGGGAUCCAGAACUCAUCACCUUCCACGGUGUUAAAGGAGAGAAAGGAUCCUGGGGUCUUCCUGGCUCAAAAGGAGAAAAAGGGGACCAAGGAGCCCAGGGACCACCAGGUCCACCAGUUGAUCCAGUUUACCUGAGACAUUUUCUGAACAGCUUGAAGGGGGAAAAUGGAGACAGGGGAUUCAAAGGAGAAAAAGGAGACUCUAAUGAGAACUUCUUUGUGUCUGGGUCUCCGGGCCUGCCGGGAAAUCCAGGCCUGGCUGGACAGAAAGGGGAGGCUAUCAUGGGACCCCAAGGACCCCCAGGAAUUCCUGGCCUGCCUGGGCCACCUGGUUUUGGAAGACCUGGUGCCCCUGGGCCACCAGGACCCCCUGGGCCACCAGGACCUCCAGCUAUCCUGGGUGCAGCUGUGGCCCUUCCAGGCCCGCCUGGCCCUCCAGGACAGCCAGGGCUUCCCGGAUCCAGGAAUCUGGUCACAGCGUUCAGCAGUAUGGACGACAUGCUGCAGAAAGCACAUUUGGUCAUAGAAGGAACAUUCAUCUACCUGAGGGACAGCACAGAAUUCUUCAUUCGUGUUCGAGAUGGCUGGAAAAAAUUACAGCUGGGAGAACUGAUCCCCAUCCCUGCCGACAGUCCUCCACCCCCUGCGCUUUCCAGCAAUUCAUAUCAGCUCCAGCCUCCACUGAACCCUAUUUUAAGUGGCAAUUAUGAGAGUCCUGCUCUGCACUUGGUUGCUCUAAACAUGCCAUUUUCUGGGGACAUUCGAGCUGAUUUUCAGUGCUUCCAGCAGGCCAGGGCUGCAGGACUAUUGUCCACCUUCCGAGCAUUCUUAUCUUCCCAUUUGCAAGAUCUCUCUACAGUUGUGAGGAAGGCAGAGAGAUACAGCCUUCCAAUAGUGAAUCUCAAGGGCCAAGUACUUUUUAAUAAUUGGGACUCAAUCUUUUCUGGUGAUGGAGGUCAGUUCAAUACACAUGUUCCAAUAUACUCCUUUGAUGGCCGAGAUGUGAUGACAGAUCCUUCUUGGCCCCAGAAGGUCAUCUGGCAUGGCUCCACCACCCAUGGUGUCCGUCUUGUGGAUAAGUACUGUGAAGCAUGGCGAACUGCAGACAUGGCAGUCACGGGAUUUGCCUCCCCACUGAGCACCGGGAAGAUUCUGGACCAGACGCCGUAUAGCUGCGCUAAUAGGCUAAUUGUUCUGUGUAUUGAGAACAGUUUCAUGACAGAUGCUAGGAAGUAAUGACCUUCUGAUGAUUCUUAGAGAGUUUCCCAGUUUUUCUUAUGUGAAGAGUUGACACUGAAAUCUAAAAUGUCUAAGUGUUGUAAAUAUUACAAUUUUUUAAUUACACAUUUCAUCACAAGAACAACCAAAGAAAACGUACCUCAAUACACUCAAAACUAAAGACAUAAAGGACUCAGCUCAAAGGCAAAAUCUGAUUCAUAUAUUGGUGCUAGAUUCUGCAGGAAACCCUGUGCAGUGUAAACAUCCCAAAUCAGGUUAAGGGCAAAGCAAGAAGAGAGACCAUGGCAUUUGCCCGCUGCAGCCUUCAGAAAUUAAUUUCCUCCUCUUAAGCAUGGUUGUUGAGUGUAGGAUGCCCUUCAUGUUUUCUUACAAAGUCGGUGUUUAGAAACGUUACCCCUUUCUAAGUUAUGUGCAAACUGAAUGCUUUAUUAUUUCACGUCUACCCACCACCUACAGCUGUUGUUCAUACAGAGAAACGGAACUGCUCAAAUGAUCCUGUUUGUAUUUUCUUACUGUAUCAGACUUUAAUAUGUUUUUCUCUAAAAUAUUAUUGCUGUAGGAGUUUUAUAUUUUUACCCAGUUGUAUUUUAGUAUGACAUCUGUUUAUAUAAUUCUGACUUACUGGAAAAGUUGAAACUCUAAAUUAUCUGAAAUUAGAAGAGAAAUAACACAUAAUUACUACCUUCCCCUUAGCAUCCUCCUCCCUACCCCCCCACCCAUGAUUUUAUGGCUUCUAUUUGGCAAUUCUUGAUUUUUAACUGCAGCUGAAGCAGGUUCAUAGGGAUGAAUUAAAAAAAAAAAACAAACACAUAUCUUCAUGCUGUAUACUUCGAUUUUGUUUUCCAAGUAAGUGAACAUAAAAACAUCUUUUCCAGGUGC